CGAGUUGAAUUCCGUUGAAUUGCGGACGUUUUUUUCGAAAUUCGUGAACCGGCAUCUCUGAUCUCUCGACGAAAAAGUGUGAUUCGAUUUUCCAGAAUUAUGACGGAAACGCAGCAAAAAGCCAAGUGUAUUACUUUGAAAGGUUCCGCUGAAUUGGUUACACAAUAUCUGUUAUAUGGAGUCAAUAGUAUACUCUAUCAAAGAGGAAUAUAUCCGCCAGAAACAUUCCAACCCUCGGAACACUUUGGCCUAUACAUCUUCACUUCCACGGACGAUAAGAUCACAUCUUUCUUAAAUACUGUUCUUGGCCAAGUUCAAGAGUGGCUCAUUCAGCGCAAAGUGCACAAGAUUACGCUUGUUAUAACGAAUGUCAAUACAAAGGAAGUUCUAGAAAAAUGGGACUUCAAAGUCGAUUAUGAGGAUCAAAAGACUAACGGAAUCAAUAGUAAUGUCAAGGCUGAUCUGUCCGAAGUAGAGACGAAGGAUAUGAAAACUAUACAGAAGGAAAUACGCGAAGUGAUACGUCAAAUCACAGGGACGGUAAGUUUUCUGCCACUCUUGGAUUGCUUGUGCUCCUUUGAUAUACUUACAUAUACGGUACCUGACUGUGAUAUCCCUAAUCAGUGGGAUGAGACUCAGCCAGUUUUCAUCGCAAACAGUCAAGAGGUACAACUUAGAUCAUUUUCAACUUCUAUACAUAAAAUGGAUACUGUAGUUAGUUACAAAAAUACAUGAGCCUACGUGUUUAUUUUUUAUAUGCACCAACUGUAAAUACAAAUUCCAUUUUAUGUCAUAUUAAUUAUCAUUUAUUAAAGACUGUUGUUAUUAAUUGCUAUUCAAUAUGAGAUUUGAUUAUUAGUGAUUAAAUCACAAAGUAACAGCAGAAUUAUAUAAGAAUACAGUAACAGUGAUACUUCUAUAAUAUUUGUAGUAUUUUAACUAACACGUCAA